AUGUCAUCGACAAUAGUACCUGGAGACAAGCUUCCGAUAGAGGACCCAUCAUCAACCAAGACCAAAAUUGGUCCCGGGAUCUACAAAGAACCUAAAUCGCAAAACCUAAUCCCAUCAACAGCAGGUAUACUACAUAUCAACCAAAAUCAACAACAAAACUCCCAACUUGUAUAUAUUGAAUCCAACACUAAGAGAUAUAUUCCUCACAAUAAUGAUUUUGUAAUUGGUACAGUUACAGGAUCCAUUGGUGAUUAUUAUAAAGUAUCAUUACAGAAUUAUUCAUCAUCUGUGCUUUUAUCAUUUAUGGCUUUCCCCAAUGCCAGUCGCAAAAACCGACCUAAUUUAACCAACGGACAAGUUGUGUAUGCAAGGGUAGUAAACGAUGAUAAUGACUCAACAUUUGAAACUGAAUUGGAAUGCUUUGACGGAUCAAAUAAUCGAGAAUCGGGCGGGUUUGGUAUAUUGGAUGAUUCAGGGUUCGUCUUUGAUGUCGCUAUGAAUUUUGCUCGUGAAUUGUUAUAUAAUUCUAAACUGCCCGUGUUGGAGUUGUUGGCUACUCGAGUUCAAUUUGAGAUUGCUGUGGGGAUAAACGGGAAGAUCUGGUUAAAGUGUGGUGAAGGUUUACAAAAUGGACAAGAGCAUGCACAACAACAAAGUGGUGGUAAUGGUAAUAGCGGAAAUGGAGACGAUGAUGUUCAGAUGAGGAACAAGAAUGAUGGUGGCAAUGGAGACGAUGAUGAUGCCGAGAGUUUGAGAGCUAGAAAUGUCAGGAAUCUUAAAGAUACAUUAUGCGCGGUUGAGUACUUGAGACGAUGUCAAACUAGCCAACCAGAUAAAUUUAAGGAUCAUUUGCAGGCUGCUUUCAAGAGCAAGUGA